AUGGAGACGCCUUCAUCCGGGACCGCAACACCAGUGGAUGUGGAAUUCGGCAACAGCCAAAUUCGCAAACGCUUGACUGUCACAUUUCGCGAUCUCACUGUCCGAGUUACAGCACCCGAUGCUGCCCUAGGCGACACGCUUUGGUCGGAAGUUGACCCACGCCAGCUUGGCAACCUAUUCAACAAGAAAAAGUCAAAAAGGUCAAUUCUCAAAGAUGUCUCCGGUCAAGUGCGACCAGGAGAAAUGCUCCUCGUGCUUGGCAGACCAGGCUCCGGCUGCACGUCACUCCUUCGAGUGCUUUCAAAUGACCGCGAAACUUUCGACGAAAUCAGUGGUGACACCAUGUACGGAAGUCUGGACCACAGAGACGCGAAGAAAUACCGCCAGCAGAUCAUGUUCAAUAACGAAGACGAUCUGCAUUUUCCCACACUUACUGUCAAUCGAACCAUGAAAUUCGCUCUGCGAAAUAAAAUUCCAAAUGAAAGGCCCCCAGGGCUAACCGCCCGAAAGGAGUUUGUGAGCGAAAAACGAGAUGAUAUUCUCAACUCGUUGGGAAUCGGCCACACGAAAAAGACUCUUGUUGGCAACGAGUUCAUUCGUGGAGUAUCUGGAGGUGAACGCAAGCGUGUCUCCCUUGCUGAAGUUCUUGCAGGACAGAGUCCUGUUCAGAUGUGGGACAACCCCACUCGAGGCUUGGAUUCUAAAGCUGCGGUUGAAUUUGCUCGUAUGCUGCGCCGUGAAGCAGACGAAAAUGAAAAGACCAUGGUUGCCACCACCUAUCAAGCCGGUAAUGGCAUUUACGACCAGUUCGACAAAGUUCUUGUUCUCGCGGAAGGAAGACAAGAGAGUAUUUCGAAAGAAUGGGUUUCGAUUUCCCAAGGGGGGGCUAAUAUUGCUGACUUUCUUACUUCGGUCACCGUCCUGACGGAGCGUAUCGUUCGCUCCGGAUGGGAGGCAAAGGUCCCAAACACUCCUGAGGAAUUUGAGGAAAGAUACCACCAAAGUUCGAUCUAUCGUGAUCAGGUUGAUACCAUGGAGCCUACGGAAAAGCUUGUUCACGAAAUUGAAGAUCUGGAGCUUGCCGUGGCUAGAGAAAAGCGAAAGCAUCAUAUGCCUCGACAGAAGAGUGUUUAUACCGCAGGGCUCUGGGAGCAAGUCGGCUCUUGUACUGUUCGACAAUUCCAGAUCAUGUGGGGGGAUAAAUUCUCCCUGGUGGUCAAAGUCGUCUCGGCUAUCCUCCAGGCUUUGGUUUGCGGCUCCCUCUUCUACAACCUUGCCGAAGACAGUAGUUCUAUCUUCCUGCGUCCCGGUGUCCUCUUCUUCCCCAUCCUUUAUUUCCUUCUCGAGUCACUCUCAGAAACGACCAAGUCGUUCAUGGGCCGCCCAAUUCUCUCUCGGCAAAAGCGAUUCGGAUUCUAUCGUCCGACAGCCUUCUGCAUCGCAAACGCCAUAACAGAUAUUCCAGUCAUUAUGGUGCAAGUAACAUGCUUUGCACUCAUUCUGUACUUUAUGUCAGCCCUCCAGAUGGAUGCUGGGCGAUUCUUUACCUUCUGGGUCAUCAUCAUCGCCCAGACACUCUGCUUUGCUCAGCUUUUCCGGUCAGUUGGUGCGAUUUGCAAGAAAUUUGGAAACGCCUCCAAAAUCUCCGGCUUGCUCUCCACUGUCUUUUUUGUUUAUGGAGGCUACCUGAUUCCAUUUGAAAGCAUGCACGUCUGGUUCCGCUGGAUAUUUUACUUGAACCCAGGAGCAUAUGCAUUCGAGGCGCUCAUGGCGAACGAGUUUGUUGGGCGGGAGUUCCAAUGUAUCGAGCCUGAUUACAUCCCAUACGGCGCAGGUUACUCUAGCUCAGUAUCGCUUCACAGGGGAUGUUCGGUCCCUGGAAGUAAGGACGGCGUGAUUAGCGGGGAAGCCUAUAUCAGGGAGCAGUACAGCUAUUCAUUCCAUCACAUCUGGCGCAGCUUUGGUAUUAUCAUUGGCUUUUGGAUAUUUUUCAUUGGUCUUACCUCGCUGGGAUUCGAGUUGAAGAAUAGCCAAGGUGGGUCCUCAGUCUUGCUUUACAAACGUGGAAGCCAGAAUCAGAAUCAGCAUCAGUUGGGCGAAAAGAAUAUAUCAGCCAAAAGCGAGCAGCCUGGAGACAUGGGCGCUCUUUGGGGCUCAGUCAAGAAUUCGACAUUUACAUGGAACAAUCUUGACUAUCAUGUUCCCUUCAAUGGAGAAAAGAAACAGUUGCUUGACAAGGUUUUUGGGUUUGUGAAACCUGGAAACCUGGUUGCUCUGAUGGGUGCCUCUGGUGCUGGGAAAACAACGUUACUCGAUGUUCUUGCACAACGCAAAGAUUCUGGUGAAAUUUACGGAUCAAUCCUCAUUGAUGGACGCCCGCAAGGGAUCAGCUUUCAGCGAAUGACUGGAUACUGUGAGCAGUUGGAUGUGCACGAGUCAAGCGCGACCGUACGAGAAGCACUUAUAUUUUCUGCGGUACUUCGGCAACCUUCCAGUACUUCCUACGACGAUAAAAUUGCCUAUGUCGACCACAUCAUUAAUCUUUUGGAGCUUCGCGAUAUCAGUGAUGCGCUUAUUGGAGUGCCCGGAGCUGGUCUCAGUAUUGAGCAACGCAAGCGCGUAACUCUCGGUGUUGAGCUCGUGGCCAAGCCUACCUUGCUUUUCCUGGAUGAACCAACCUCUGGUCUGGAUGGCCAGAGUGCUUAUAACAUUGUUCGAUUUCUUCGGAAGCUUGUUGAUGGAGGACAAGCUGUAUUGUGUACGAUUCACCAGCCUUCUGCCGUUCUGUUCGAUGCAUUCGAUGGCCUUUUGCUGCUGGCAAAGGGCGGCAAGAUGACUUACUUUGGCGAAAAUUUUGGAUUAUUUUUCACGCAACGGUGCCCGUGUCCACCAGAUGCCAAUCCGGCUGAACACAUCAUCGAUGUCAUUCAAGGGAGUGCGAAUAAUGGAGCCGACUGGGUCGACGUUUGGAAAGACUCAGAAGAACGAAAAAUGGCACUCAAAGAGCUUGACGCUUUGAAUGCGGCCGGGAUGGCCGAUCCCAAUUAUGUGGAGGAUACUGCGGACUUUGCUACCUCCCGCUGGUUUCAGUUCAAGGUGGUUUCAAAACGCCUUACAAUUCAGAUUUGGCGGUCACCCGAUUAUAUGUGGAACAAGAUGAUUCUCCAUAUCUUCGCUGCUUUAUUCAGCGGAUUCACCUUUUGGAAGAUUGGAGACGGCACCUUUUCUCUCCAACUGCGACUUUUCGCCAUCUUCAACUUCAUUUUUGUCGCUCCUGGUUGCAUUAACCAGAUGCAGCCUUUCUUUCUCCACAAUCGCGAUAUCUUUGAGACACGCGAAAAGAAGUCUAAAACUUAUCACUGGAUUGCUUUCAUUGGUGCUCAGACAAUUACCGAGAUUCCUUAUCUCGUCAUCUGCGCAACGCUCUAUUUUGUUUGUUUCUACUUCACUGCCGGAUUUCAAAGUCUCGCCAGCAUUUCGGGCCACUUUUAUCUUCAAAUGAUAUUCUACGAGUUUCUGUAUACUUCGAUUGGCCAAGCUAUCGCCGCUUACGCGCCAAAUGAGUAUUUUGCUGCGGUUAUGAACCCUGUCCUUAUUGGGGCUGGAUUGGUCAGCUUCUGCGGAGUUGUUGUACCCUACAGUCAGAUGCAGCCAUUCUGGCGCUAUUGGAUGUACUACCUUGACCCGUUCACCUAUCUUGUGGGUGGUCUUCUUGGAGAGGUUCUCUGGGAUGUCAAGGUUCAAUGUGAACCAUCCGAAUACAUCACGUUUAGCGCUCCGUCUGGCCAGACAUGCGGUCAAUAUAUGACAGACUUUCUUUCAACCCAGGCUGGCUAUUUGCUGGAUUCAAAUUCAACGGAUACUUGCUCCUUUUGUCAAUACUCGACGGGCGCUGACUAUGCCAAAACUUUCAACUUACAAGAGAAAUACUACUCCUGGAGAGACACUGGAAUUACUGCUCUCUUUUGCAUUACCUCAUAUGCCCUUGUGUUUUUUAUGAUGAAGCUUAGAAGCAAGAAAACCAAAAGCGCCCGAUCCGAGUGA